UCAAUCGAAGUUCACAGAACUAAUUGUCAAUCAAGAGCCCCAGGUGGCCAAAUAAGUAGCAAAUCCAGGACGUGUUUAAAAGGACACGUUUGUCUAGUUGGUUUAUAUAAUACUGUUUAAAAUGCUGUGGUUUGUUUUACUGUUCUCAUGGCUUUCUGAAGGAUUUAUUAACUCACUGCAGAGUGCACCACCUCAUGUGAUGAAGACAAGUGAAACGCAGCUUGAUUUUGAGGACGACUAUGCUGUACAGGAGGGGGAUAUCUUACAACCAACUGACAGGAAUGCAGUGAGUCAGCUGUGGGCAGAGGUGAAUGGAAGUUUGUCAGUGCCUUAUGAAAUUGAUUCUAAACUUGAGGACAGGACUGACGACAUUCUUAAUGCCUUAAAUAUGAUUUCCGAGAAGACGUGCAUCAGAUUUCAUCCACGUGCUAAUGAAACUGACUAUUUGCACUUUGAGUACGGAAAAGGGUGUGCAUCUUAUGUUGGAUGUAUGGGGGGUGAGCAGUCUCUUCUGAUUGGGCCAAAAUGUAAAGCUGGGAACAUCUGCCACGAGAUCCUUCACUCCCUUGGCUUUUACCACGAGCAUUCCCGAUAUGACCGUGGUGAUCAUAUCACUGUACUUAAUGAAAACAUUGUCUCUGGGAAAGAGGACAACUUUGUGAAGAGAAAGGGUAACACCCUCGGUCUGAAGUAUGACCUGGAAUCUAUCAUGCAUUAUGGAGACAAUUAUUUCUCUCGCAAUGGAAUGCCCACAAUUAAGGCCAAAGAGAGCGGUGUAAAGAUCGGACAGAGGACUCACUUGUCUGAUCUGGAUGUGCAAAGGAUCAGGAGGCUGUACCACUGUGCUGUAUUUGCCACUGCAAUGACGCUCAUCAUGCUCUUCACCAUCUUCGGGAACAUCCUGGUGAUCAUCGCCGUCCUGACGUGCCGCUCUUUACGAGGACCUCAGAACCUUUUCCUGGUGUCCUUGGCUGCAGCUGACAUCCUGGUGGCAACGUUGAUCAUCCCGUUCUCCUUGGCCAAUGAGCUGAUGGGCUAUUGGUACUUUGAAUCAUUUUGGUGUGAGAUCAUCUUGGCACUGGAUGUGCUCUUCUGCACAUCUUCCAUUAUGCACCUGUGCGCCAUCAGCCUGGACCGCUACCUGUCCAUCUCCCGGCCGGUGCAGUACGCAACCCAACGCACCCCUCGCAAGAUCAAGGGGGCCAUAUUGGUGGUGUGGCUCAUCUCUGCGGUCAUCUCUUUCCCCCCGCUGGUAUCCAUGAAUAAGACCCCGCUGGCGAAGGAUGGGGGUGGCCCACAGUGCAAACUCAAUGAGGACGUCUGGUACAUCCUGUACUCCUCCAUCGGGUCGUUCUUCGCCCCAUGCCUCAUCAUGAUCCUGGUGUACGUUCGCAUCUAUCAGAUUGCCAAGAAGCACACUAGAUGUCCUCCGGGAGAGCCAAAGAAAGAUUGUGCAGGUGGUGUGCCACCAGGUCGAGAGCUGCAGAACGGGAGAAACCAGAGAGGUGUUGACCCUGUAAAUGUUCCUAAUCCGACUGCAUCCAGAUCUGAAGCCGUGAACCAGCCUCAACCACCAGCAGAAAAUCGGCAGCAGAUGAAACACUCAAGAAAGUGCAAGGACAAUGAGGACAGUUCAAGCUCCGGCUCUGACGUUGAGGUAGUUGGGGGACAUAAUGCCAACUGGACAACCUCCAGUGUGGGGGCGCUGGAGCCCGGCCGCAAGACAUCCACACCAUCCCAAACAUACCGAAAAGUCAUCGUAACAUCAAAGGGCAGCCAGCUGGCCUCUUCAAACAUGAAACCAGCAGGAACGCCAAACACCAGAAGGAAAGCCAUGAUCGUCCGUGAGAAGCGGUUCACAUUCGUCCUAGCGGUCGUCAUUGGGGUUUUUGUCGUAUGCUGGUUCCCGUUCUUCUUCAGCUACAGCUUGCAGGCCAUUUGUCCAGAGGCUUGUAAACUACCAGAGCCACUUUUUAAGUUCUUCUUUUGGAUAGGCUACUGCAACAGUGCUGUGAACCCACUCAUCUACACCAUCUUUAACAGGGACUUCCGUAAAGCCUUCAGAAAGAUUCUGUGUAAAAGGUGUAAGGACUGUUCUUUUUGAAACCGGACAACCCUGAAAAACGGUGUUGUAGAUUAAAGUGUCAUUGCUCCCUCUAAUAGUGAAGCUCACAAAAAUGGUCAGGGUCAUUUCACUCCAGUAUUUCAACUAUGCCUUUAACCAUUUUGACAUUUUCAUGACAAAAAGUCCUUUCAGCCCAGACUAUACCAUUAUUGAAUGCACAUGGUAUUUUUGAAAGUUGCUAAUAAUUAUACAAUUACUUUUGUGACUUGUUCUCAUUGUUGGAACUUUGUUUUCAUCAGUAUUUUUAUAUAUCAGUUGAACGAUUGAAAACUGCACAUACGAAGCCUCUACAAACAGAUCAUUUGACAAUUUGUUUUUCUUGCCAAAGAAACUAGCCAUUUGUAGAUCCUUUUUUCCUUUGCAUGUUCAGGAUUGUCUUUGAGUCUUUAUAAAUGUCUUUGCACGGCAGGGAUUUGGAAAGAGCAUGUUUAGUUACUUUAUUUUUGUUCUUUAAUUGUCAUGUCAAAAUAAUGUCAAAAAGCAAAAAAAAUGCAAGACCAUUAGGAUACUGAAGAAAAUAAAUAACUCUUAAUUUUGGGGGGAAAAAUGACCUGGCCAUGUUUUUGACUGGAUUUUGAAAAUCAUACGUAUAAAUGCAUAUCUGAGAAUCACAUAAUUGUUUCCUCUGUAUCCAGAAUUUUAAAUAACCACUAUUUACUAUUCUCUUGAGCGUUUGAUGACUUGUAUUACAUCAGCAGUUCCCUAUGCUGAACUGAGUGGAUAUAUCGGCACACAUUCCAUUCAUUUUUGUAAUUCAUCAGCUGAGGUGCCACAUCAAACAUGAGGAACUCUCACAAGAUUGUGCUGGUGUCUCUCCAGAGAUGCUCUGGCCUCCAGGAUGUUGUUUGUGACCUUUCCAAUGUGCUUUUAAAGACAAUGCAGCUCUUUCUAAGAGACACCUCUGGCUCUGCUGCAUUGUGAGAUCACAGAGCUGGAUAUGAGAAGAUUUCAGAGAGCUUCACCUCUCUGGAAAAGUGCCCGAGCUCUUAACGCCGAGAGAGGCUUUGCUCUCUGGGGUGAGAGAAAAUAAAGCAAAUGCAUUUAGCUAGCUUUAAAAUUGAAUCCGAACACCAUCUGUUUAGAUUAAAAGCAUGGUUUUGACCGACAUUUUUGCUGGUUUUUAGAUUUUAACCAAUGAAUGACAUGGAUUUCCUGAAUAAGAGUGUGCUUGAUCUCUUUUAUGGCUUAAUUUAAUGGAUUCUGAUUGAAAGUAAUGACCGUUGUGUUUGUAGGCUGAUGCUUUGGGUUAUCAGAACCUCUUCCAGUGUUUUCUGUGACUAAAGAAUAGAGUGGCAAUUAUGUAAAUGAAUUGUGCACUUAUUAAUGCCUCUUGAUAAGUCUUUUUUUAUUAUUUUUGUGCUGUCAUAAGAAGGUUUGUGCACUUUAAUUUAGCUUCUCAAUGAUAUUAGUGACUGUGUGAGUGCAGAUAAAGCUC